AAACUAUGAAUGUUUUUGGUGUUGGCUAACUACAUUUAGCAAAAUGAGCGUGGAAGAGCUUUACGUCAAGGAUGUACAGGUGUGGGUGAAGGAUGCCGAGACAGUCUGGAAGCCAGCAGUUAUUCGGACUAGUCUAAAUGAAGGAAAAUUGGUUGUUAGCACAUUAGAUAAAAAUAACGAAAUCACAUUUGACCUUUCUCAGAAGGAUGUAGAGUUACCACCAUUGCGCAACCCUGAAAUUCUAAUUGGCCAGAACGACUUAACAUCUCUCAGCUACCUUCACGAACCGGCAGUAUUGCAUAAUUUGAAAGUCAGAUUCACUGAUAAUUACCAGAUCUACACAUACUGUGGAAUCGUGUUGGUUGCCAUUAACCCUUACAAAUCACUUCCACUGUACAGCAAUGACGUCGUGCAAGCUUAUAGCGGCCAAGACUUCUUUUCAAUGGAUCCUCAUGUGUUCGCAGUCGCCGAAGAGGCGUACAAAAAUCUGGCCAUCGAGGAGAAGAACCAAUCAGUCAUCAUAUCGGGCGAGAGUGGGGCGGGUAAGACAGUGUCGGCUAAGUAUGUCAUGCGGUACCUGGCAUCAGUGACAUCCGACUGGUCUGAGGCCGACCGGGAGACACACAUAGAACAGAGGGUAUUGGCAUCCAACCCCAUCAUGGAGGCAAUAGGCAAUGCGAAAACUACUAGGAACGACAACAGCAGUCGGUUUGGGAAAUACAUAGAGAUCCUUUUCUCGUCUAAACACACAAUAGCCGGAGCUCACAUGAAGACCUACCUGCUAGAGAAGUCUAGAGUCACUUUCCAAGCUAACGAGGAGAGAAACUAUCACAUUUUCUAUCAGCUCUGUGCCUCGGCAGAUAAUCCCGAGUUCUGUGAAUUGCACCUGGGGCCUUGUGAUCAGUUCGUGUUCACCAACCAGGGAAACUGUCCUGUCAUCAACAACGUCAACGACGCAGAAGAGCUCGAGAACACCCGGGAAGCGUUUCAAAUGUUGGGAAUCAACAACCAGACCCAAGUCAUGAUGUUCCAGAUCUGGUCGGCUGUGCUUCACAUGGGUAACUUGCAUUUUGUGGACGAUGGAAAUGAAGGCUGCAAGAUAUCAGAUGCAAACAAACAUCUGGAGAGGGCGUGUGAUAUGUUGGGCAUUGACUUGGAACAAACGGCCAUGUGGUUGUGUUACCGCAAGAUACAGACCAUGAACGAAAUCAUGACGAAGCCACUCAAUGCAUCAGAUGGAAUGGGAAGCAGAAACGCCCUAUGUCGACACAUUUAUGCGAACCUGUUCAAUUGGAUCGUGGACCAGAUCAACAAAGUACUCGCUCCCAAUUUCAAAGCAGCCAACUUCAUCGGAGUUCUGGAUAUUUACGGCUUUGAAACGUUCCAAAUAAACAGCUUCGAGCAGUUCUGCAUUAACUAUGCUAACGAAAAACUACAACAGCAGUUUACGCAACAUGUAUUCAAACUGGAACAGGAAGAAUACGUGAAAGAAGAAAUAAGUUGGAGCUUCAUUGAAUUCUAUGACAACCAGCCUUGUAUUGAGAUGAUUGAGGGCAAAAUUGGGCUUCUUAACCUCCUAGACGAGGAGUGUAAAAUGCCCAAAGGAUCGGAUAUCUCUUGGUGCCAGAAACUGUACAACAAUCAUCUGAAAAAAUCGUCUCAUUUCGACAAGCCAAGAAUGUCGCAGAAAGCUUUUAUCAUCAACCAUUUUGCUGACAAAGUUCAGUACGAAUCGAUGGGUUUCCUUAUAAAGAACAAAGACACUGUUUAUGAGGAGCAUGUGAACUUAUUGAAGGCCAGUCAGUUUCAAUUAGUUGCCGAGAUUUUUGAAGAACGUUCCGCGGAAUCAGCUGGCGGACAAAAGCGAGAAACGAAAGCGACAAGAGUAUCCCCUAUGGGACCCCGCAAUACGAAAAACUUACGCAAAACAGUCGGAGGACAGUUCAAAGAAUCUCUCAAACAGUUAAUGGACUCGCUAAACUCAACAACCCCUCAUUACAUAAGGUGCAUAAAACCGAACGACAAGAAAGAACCUUUCGCGUUUGAUAACAAAAGAGCAGUUCAGCAAUUGCGUGCUUGCGGAGUCCUGGAGACUAUUCGAAUCAGUGCUGCCGGGUUCCCUUCUAGAUGGAGUUACAGUGACUUCUUUAAGAGGUACAGAGUUUUGAUGAAUUCUCAGAACAUCAACAGGGAUGACGUUGCCAAAACUUGUGAAUACGUGCUAACAAAAUAUAUCAACGACCCCGAUAAGUUUCAGUUCGGAAAAACGAAAAUAUUCUUCCGAGCCGGGCAAGUUGCUUAUUUGGAGAAAAUCAGACUGGAUAAGUUGAAAGCGGCAUGUGUUCUACUACAGAAAACUUUGAGAUGUUUUGUGGCUAGGAAACAGUUUCUGCUAAAGAAGCGGUCGAUUGUCAAAAUUCAAAAGGUGGCUCGCGGUUUCAUGGCACGCAGACGUGUAUACCAUAUGCGUCGCGAAAGAGCAGCCAUUAAAAUUCAGAAAUCAGUCCGAAAGUUUGUUCAGCGCAAGAAGUACUUGCAUACUUACAGUGCAAUUGUCAAGCUGCAAUGCUUUGCGAGGGUAAUUGCGGCCAAAAACGAGUUCAGGAGUAGGCUACGAAAUAGCAAAGCAAUAGUCAUCCAGAAAUACUUCAAAAGAUGGGCUGCCAUUAAAAGUUAUGAGAAGUGGAGGCGUGCAAUUAUUCUGGCUCAAUGUUGCUGGCGACGAAGAGUUGCCAGGAAGGAGUUCAAAGAACUUAAGAUCCAGGCCAAAUCGGUAGAUCACUUGAAACAACUGAAUAAGGGAAUGGAGAAUAAGAUCUUCAGCUUGCAGAACAAAAUCAGCGAAUUGAGUAAUGAUAAAGAGAAGAUGAGUGCGCAGAUGAAACUACAGUUGCUCUCUAUCGACCAGUUGAAUUCGAAACUGGAAAUUUUCAGGAAAAGUGACGAUAGUGCGAAGGGACUUACAGAUAGAAUGGCUGUAUUGGAGGCGGAGAAUCUGAAGCUCAAUGAAAGUGUAAAUGUCUACAGCAUGGAAAAAGCAAAGUUCGAGGAAAUUUUGACAUCGAAAGACUCUAAAAUUUCCGAGUUGGAAGCGGCGAACAAAGAAUUGACCAUAAAAGUGGGUGAAUUGGAAAAGGUAGUGUCAGAUACGCAAAACAAGUAUAACGCUCAAUCGGUACAGGACGAAGCGUACCAUAACAAAGAAAUGGAGAAUGAGCUGUCAACUACUAGAGGAAGGUACCAGACAUUGUUGCAUGAUUUCACACGUCUGGAGCAGAGGUACGAGAACCUUCAAGAGGAGCUCAAAUACUUUCAACAGAGAGGUGGUGCUAAAAGGCCUUAUGCCAAUGGCUACGACGAAGUUGCUAAUGAUUCCGGCAUAUCUUCCGAUAGUCAAAACAAGGAAACAGAGGAGGAUACACCUAACUCGAAGGGUUUAGAUGGGAUCCGCGAGGAGGCAGGAGAUACUGAGGAUACGGACACUCUCAAGAGUCCCCAUCAGGUGGCAUCAUUCCAGCCCCAACCCUCGUCAUCGGCCGCCUCGAACCAAUUAGAAAACAAGAAUCUAAAGGACAAAGUAAAAGAACUAGAAUUGGAAAAAGCACAGUUAGAGGAAAGGAUGGAGUCACUGUCGAAGGAGUCCUCUCAGGAAAUGGACACCUCGAAAGCCAAAAUAUCCCAUCUGGAAAAGGAAAACGAGAGGCUUAAGGAAGAAGUUGUAAGUUUUGGUAAACUCAUUUCGGACAAGACAGAGGGCACGGAGUUGAAGGGCGAGGUGGAACGGUUGAUGAACGCUGUAAAUGAGCAACUGAAGCAAAAGAACGAAGAGAACUCGCAGCUAGAGCAGAAGAUUGCAGCUUUGGAGGCUGAGAAGGCUCGCAAGGAGAGAGAGGAGAGGGAGAGGGGAGAGACGGAAAGUGUGCGUCUUCAGGGUACAAUGACAGACGAUUGGGUCAAUGAAGAGGGGGAGAUGAUGAUGGCGUAUCAGUCGGCCAAGGACACCAACAGAUUGCUAGAAGCACAGCUGCAAGCCAUGACUAAGAACUUCAAGCUACAAGAGAAGGAAUUGCGGGACGAGAUAGGGAAGCACAAGAACGAAAUAGAGAAGCAGCAGCGAAUCAUCUCAGAGUACUCGCGACUAACCGCUCGAGAGCGUAUAGAGCAGACUUACCAAGUGGAGAUUAAUAGACUGCAGAGCGACAACAUGAUUGCAGCCAAAUUCAACAUUGAUCCUAAAAACAAAGCACUUGUGCAGGCUUUGUCCAGUCAGGCUGAUUUGAGGGCAGUGAUCGACUCCCAGGACAAGAUAAUAAAGAAGUUGCGAAAGCAGUCUAAGGGAUCUGGAUCCACUGGGAAGUCCUCGGACGACGAGAGUGGAUCCAGGAAGAGCGACACUCCUUCGGGAUCACCGAUGACUGGUCGGGGCGCCUCUAUGGCAGGCGCGGGAACCAACAGUAUUGUAGCUACAAAUGGAACCCAUGGCAACAGAAAGAGUAGCAUGCACCAACAGCAGAUAUUCCACGGAAUGCUGUCAUAUGCGAAGAGCGACGAGCAGAGUCUGAUAAGAAACCUCAUCAUAGAUUUGAAGCCAGUUGUGGCUGCCACAAUGACCCCGUGUUUGCCGAGUUAUGUAAUCCUGAUGUGUAUAAGGCACUGUGACCACUUGAAUGAUGAUUUCCGGGUGAGGUCUCUGUUGCACGAGACAAUCAAUGGAGUCAAGAAGGCUAUCAAGAAGAGAUACGAUGACGCAGAGUGUGUGUCUCUUUGGCUGUCUAACUGCGUGAUGCUUCUUCAUCUGCUCAAGCAAUAUAGUGGAGAGGAGAUCUACAUGAGCAAGAACACUGACCACCAGAAUCAGAUGUCUCUACGCAACUUCGAUCUUACAGAGUACAGAAACAUCAUCAAUGACCUUGCCAUCCAGAUCUACCAGAACCUAGUGCGCAUCAUCGACUCCAAAUUGCAACCCAUGAUCGUAAAAGGCAUGCUGGAACAUGAAAGUGUUUCUUCCCCUGCCGCCUUCACGGCAACUACAGCCGCGCCAGUAAAGUUGAAAACAGAUUCGCUUAUAGCGACAUACUCCGCGCAGAAAGCACCCGCCACCACCAGAGAGCCUGCAGGUGGGCUGGCGAUGUCGAUCCCUAGAUCGGUCUCUGGAAUGUUGGAGAAUGAGGGUCUGAACAAGAUCAUGAGCAGUGGCAAGGCCUUAGGAGGAGGGGCAGCCACAAAGAGGGCAGCCAGUCAAGGCGAACCAAACAAGAAACCGCAAUACACUCUGGACACUAUUCUCAAACAGCUGUCCAUUUUCCUCAACGUGUUCUCGAGGCACUCACUGGACUUCGAUGUCGUAAAGCAGCUGUUCAAACAAAUCAUAUACAUGGUGGUGUCGUCUACUGUGAACAACCUGUUGCUGCGAAGGGAGAUGUGCCACUGGUUCAAGGGCAUGCAGAUCAGGUACAACUUGUCUGAGUUGGAGGAGUGGCUUCGCAACCACAGACUGGCAGAAUGUGGCACCGAGGAACAGCUGGCAGUGCUGGUGGAGAUCGCACAGCUGCUGCAAGUGGGCAAGAAAACAGACGCAGAUGUCGACAACAUCGUGUUCAUGUGCAAGAAACUCACUAACCAACAAAUAAUCAAAGUGUUGAGUCUGUACACUCCAAUCAAUGACUACGAGGACAAAGUGUCUGUAGAUUUCAUUCGCAAGACAGAGGAGAAGUUGAAGCAGAGACCUAGUCCCCCCGGUGUCGGUGGAGCAGGGGGGUCACUGCUGAUGGACAGCAAGCACCUCUUCCCAAUCACAUUCCCCUACCACCCCUCGCAGGUGUCGCUACUGUCUAUUACAAUACCAGAGACGCUGUCUUUGGACUUCAUCAAAAGGGUUUAAAGGGGCUGGAACGCUGAAUGAGAUUCAAGACUACCUCUCUUAUCUUCACCACCUCGGGAUCAUAUGUUUCUAGUACUAUAUGAAAGGAUAGGCUCAAGCAAAACUGUUCAAACUGAAUCUUGGACGGAAUCUCACGCCAAAGAGACAAAAACCGUAAACUGUACGAUAAUCAAAAAAAUUGUGCCAAAGAUGCUGAUGUUUAAUAUACGAUCAAGAAGUGCAAAAUGGAAUUUCGAGAAUUCUUUCAAAGGUUUCCAAGCGUGCAGCAAGUCAAUUUUUAUCAUUAUUAUCAUUCCUUCCAAAUGCACAAAUCGAAUGCAAUUUUCUGGAGCAUGUAAAUAAAUUCAAAGUUUUAAAAUCCAGAACAAAAAAAUUGUGUAAUAUUUUGUAUUAAAAUGUCGUAGUAGCUUAACCUUAUUGUGAUCGUUUCGAUCAUCGAAAGUCUCAGAAACCCAAUAUUUAUUACUGCAGUAACUCUUUUUGUAUAAAACUUGUAAUAUACAAUAGAGAAAUUAUAAUCCUCCAAUUCAAAUGACAAGUUUAAAUAUAGCUGAAAUUGUUUUUCAUUACCCUUACCUAAGGUGCUUGUUUUUGUAUUAUGCUUAGUUAAGCCUUCUUAGGACUAUAAGAAUGUGUCAAAUAAAAACGAAAAUUUUAAAAGUUAACUUUAAAAUCAAGUAAAUUCAUGUUUUCCCAGCUUGUAUUCAUUCCUAAUUUGUAAAUAUCCUUUUGAGAAAUAAAUCUUAUUAGUUAGACUUGCUUGUGCUUGCUGUAUUUGUUUGUAACCGUGUAAUUUAUUUUUCUUAAGUUGUGAAGGAUCGUUUGAAAUUGAGGCCAUGAACUACUUGAAUGUGCUCAUUCAAACAUACAACUCAUUAUUCAAAACGGUUCUUCUAAAUUUUUGCAAACAGCUUGAUAGCGAAAUGAUUUUCGUUUGUCUCUUGUAUGGAGAUGAAAACUGAUAGUUCUUAAAUUUAUUUUGCCGUGAUAUACAUUCCUUAAAUAAGCUUUUUAUUCUCCAUUCCACGAAUCGGAAGUACUCCCUAAUAGAAUUGCUGAGUCAGUGCCGGACCUUUUAUACAGAAGAAUUAUUUCCUGGUGCCAACAAGUUUCAAAAUUCACAGAAUUCUCGUCCCCAGAGUUCUGCAUUUGUUCGUUACUCAUGCUGUUUAAAGACUCAGUUUGCUAGACGAAAUGGAUUUGAUAUUUUUUCUAUUAUGUUCAUUGCAUGUGUGCUCUAAUUUAUUUUUGACCAAGC